CGCAUUUUUCAGAUUCUAGAAGGGAAGGGCGCAGGGCGGCUGGCCCCCGCAACAACGGAGAAGAUACGAGUCAGCUACUUCCUUAGCUGAACCGACCAGCGCGAUCAAUUGAUGUCUUCAGAUGAGAUUUUAAGACUUUUAACGUGCAUUUAGUUGGUUUGACGCUCAUUCGUCCGUUUUGGUCGUCCGUUUACGAUUCGCAAGCCGACAACAUGUCAGAGCCGUCGGUGGCCGACACUCGCCGGUUGAAUUCUAAGCCACAGGACCUGACGGAUGCUUACGGUCCCCCCAGCAAUUUUCUGGAAAUAGACGUUUACGAUCCACAAACCAAUGGAGUCGGACGAAACCGUUUCACAACUUACGAAGUUCGCAUGCGGACAAACCUUCCCAUUUUUAAACUGAAGGAUUCCUGUGUGAGAAGAAGAUACAGUGACUUUGAGUGGUUAAAGAAUGAGCUGGAAAGAGACAGUAAGAUUGUAGUACCAUCUCUGCCGGGCAAAGCCCUGAAGAGACAGUUGCCAUUCCGCGGAGAUGAGGGCCUUUUUGAGGAGUCCUUCAUUGAGGAGCGGCGAAUGGGCUUGGAGCAGUUCAUCAACAGAAUUGCAGGUCACCCCUUGGCCCAGAACGAGCGUUGUCUUCACAUGUUUCUGCAGGAGGAAACCAUUGACCGUAACUACAUUCCUGGCAAAGUACGACACUAGGGUUAUUGAGGGAGGUCGGCAGGUGGGGGUUAAACUCUGGGGUGUAGGUUUGGACUUUCUCUUGCCUUUCUCCUCCCUCCUAUCUUCUCUUAAUCUCUCUUUCUGUCUUUCUGCUUUAUCUCUCUGUCUCUCUCUCUCUCUUUCUCUCUGUGUAUAUCAUUGUAAAAUCAUAUUUACCUUAUCUUGGAGUUAAAGUAUGUUCUUACUACUAUAUACUACUAUACAUCAGGACAUGUUGAUAAUGUUUGAAACAGCUCUGUGAUGCCUCUCUUCCCUGUGCAUUUGUUUUAUAAUUGUACAAUAAGGAAAGAACCCCUUAGUAGUUGUGAUUGUAAUAUCGUGAAGAUUUGGCUCUUAAGGCCUUUACACACCAGGGAUGAGACGAAAUCCUCUCCUACAAAUAUGUCCUAUCAAUACUAUUUGCGACCUAAAAUUAAAUCCACACGCACUUCCCACGCUCCAAAAAGAACAGGGACUGGUGGAAAAAUGGGAGCAGCUUGCAGUCUGGUCUGUUAAGAUGUAUUAAUACGUUAAAACGCCAAAGUCAAACAAGACAAACUAGUCGAUGCAGCCGUAGACCAGCAACUCCCAUGUUAAUCGAUGUAAAAUGAUGGCUUCAGUCCCCGAUCUUUAUCAUCUUUGUGAUAUGAUACAGGGUGAUGGUGGUGCAAAAGCUUAGGAAAAUCAACCCAGAUCUGAAAAACUGAUGUUGCUUUUUCCCUGUGUAAUAUUUGCAUUCUGUUAGAAAGCACUCAUGGCAAACAGUUAAAAAAUAUAUAUUUAUGUCCGAAUUUAUCGCACGCAAGCACCCCCAGUGUGUGUAGCCCUUAAAUCACAAUUUUCAGGAAUUAAAAUAAUGUGUGAUGCAUUCAGUCUUUCCCUGACGAGUGUCAUAUAUUUAUGAUUGUAAUAUAAUGUGAAUAAAGUAGAAUAAUGUCACAA